GCCGUCGCGCUCGCGCCUUCUCUCCACUCUUAAAGGGGCCGCGCCGCCUCUUUACGUUUUUUUAUUCGGUUUUCCAAGCGCCUCCGCGCCGUCCGGGUGGGUCCGAGCCCCCCCGCCAGACUCCGCCGCCGCCAUGAGGGAGAUCGUCCACAUCCAGGCGGGCCAAUGCGGCAACCAGAUCGGCGCCAAGUUCUGGGAGGUGAUCAGUGACGAGCACGGCAUCGACCCCACGGGCACCUACCACGGGGACAGCGACCUGCAGCUGGACCGCAUCAGCGUCUACUACAAUGAGGCCACAGGGGGCAAAUAUGUGCCCAGGGCCAUCCUGGUGGAUCUGGAGCCUGGCACGAUGGACUCUGUGCGCUCCGGCCCCUUCGGGCAGAUCUUCAGGCCUGACAACUUUGUGUUUGGCCAAAGCGGUGCCGGCAACAACUGGGCCAAGGGUCACUACACGGAGGGCGCCGAGCUGGUGGACUCGGUGCUGGACGUGGUGCGCAAGGAGGCCGAGAGCUGCGACUGCCUGCAGGGCUUCCAAUCCGCGAGGAGUACCCCGACCGUGCUGCACUUCUUCAUGCCCGGCUUUGCGCCGCUGACCUCGCGGGGCAGCCAGCAGUACCGCGCCCUCACCGUGCCCGAGCUCACCCAGCAGGUCUUCGACGCCAAGAACAUGAUGGCCGCCUGCGACCCGCGGCACGGCCGCUACCUGACGGUGGCCGCCGUCUUCCGCGGGCGCAUGUCCAUGAAGGAGGUGGACGAGCAGAUGCUGAACGUGCAGAACAAGAACAGCUCCUACUUCGUGGAGUGGAUCCCCAACAACGUGAAGACGGCCGUGUGCGACAUCCCGCCGCGCGGCCUCAAGAUGGCCGUCACCUUCAUCGGCAACAGCACGGCCAUCCAGGAGCUCUUCAAGCGCAUCUCGGAGCAGUUCACGGCCAUGUUCCGGCGCAAGGCCUUCCUGCACUGGUACACGGGCGAGGGCAUGGACGAGAUGGAGUUCACCGAGGCUGAGAGCAACAUGAACGACCUCGUGUCCGAGUACCAGCAGUACCAAGAUGCCACGGCCGAGGAGGAGGAGGAUUUCGGCGAGGAGGCCGAAGAGGAGGCCUGAGGGGUUUCUCCAGAGGUCCUGAUCCUCGGCAGUGUUGCUCCUCCCCUUCCCGGUGUGUUGUCCCAGAGAGGCGUCAACCGGUGGGCGGCGCCUUCGGUGUCAUCAUCAUUGUCCUGCAUCAUCGUCAGUGUUGGCCUUGGUCAUCGGCGGCGGCAGCGGAGUCCCCACCCGACCUUCAGCGUUGCCCUGACGGUCUUCAAC